AUGGGCGAGCAUAAUCUUCUUAAUCCUGGGUUUGUGGGACCUUUGGUAAACAUCCACACUGGAGACAGAUUUUACUUGCCGAAUUUUAGAGCCUCAGGGGGACAGCUGGCGGGGCUACCGUCUCUCUCGUACCCUAGAAGGGACAAUGUUUGUUCUCUCCCGUGGAAUCCAUCGGAGUCGUGCAAUGGAUAUCCUCAGUCUUACUUUAGCAGUCCCGUAUCCAUUAACCCCUCUUUUAAUCGAUCUUGUGAAAUAACCCGACUGGAGGAGAGCAAAUGUUAUUAUGGCAGUUCCAGCAGCACCAGAGAGGCUUGCUCAGACAGCAACAGUCACAAACGAGAGGAACGAGCAAGAGAUACAUCAGUAUCGUCUGAACACGGGAUGCACAAUGGGAUGGGCAACAGUGGUACCUUCUCAAAGUAUGAUUAUGGCACCGAGCAUCUGACCCAAGACCCGCCAUCCUGUCAAUCUUUGGAGUCCGACUCCAGUUCUUCAGUACUCAACGAAGGAGGGAAGACUUCAGCAAGCGACCCACAAACCCUGGGAUCGCAGGGAAACCACGCAAACAAUAUCGCCAGUGGAGGUGCCCCGUGGUACCCGAUGCACACCCGGACCCGCAAGAAGCGAAAGCCCUACUCCAAACUGCAGCUGGCCGAGCUUGAGGGGGAGUUCAUGCUGAACGAGUUCAUCACCCGGCAGCGACGUAGGGAACUGUCUGACAGGCUCAAUCUCAGCGACCAACAGGUUAAAAUUUGGUUCCAAAAUCGGCGAAUGAAGAAAAAGAGACUGUUGCUGAGAGAGCAAGCUUUGUCCUUCUUUUAAGAAGACACUUAGUAUCCAUUGCUUAAUGGAUGUCCAGCAGCAGUAUUUACGUAUAGUAAUUUGGCAUUAGCCCAUUUUACUCAGAAAGUCUUGCCCCACAUUA